CCGACCACCGAAACCCUCGGUUAGUCCGUCAUUUCCAAGGGGCAGCCCCAAAUCAGCGGCUCUCGGAAAAAAAAUCAGAUUUGCAUUUACCGGGUCCCACCGCCAAACGAGAAUGAAACUACGCAAUAUACACUUGUCAUAUAAAUAUCCAGAAAGUACCUCAACAUGAAACCCCCUCUGCCGCUUUGUCUCGGACCCGAACUCUCCACCAAAACGAAGAAAAAAGGGUUCUCUACUCUUCUCUCUUUCUCUCUCCAUUCCCCUUUCAAUUUUCCCUCACUUUCCUUAGAAAGUUAGGGCGCUCUCGAUAUGGUCGCCGACAAGGGAAAGAAAUCCAAGGUCUCGGACCGGAUUGUCGAGGACGAUGCCGAUCACAUUGAUGGCGAGCUCGUUCUCUCCAUCGAGAAGUUGCAGGAGCUCCAGGAUGAGCUCGAGAAGGUUAAUGAAGAAGCAAGCGACAAAGUAUUGGAAGUUGAGCAGAAGUACAAUGAGAUACGCAGGCCUGUUUAUGUUAAACGGAAUGAGAUCAUCAAAUCUAUCCCCGACUUUUGGUUGACCGCUUUCUUGAGUCAUCCUGCGCUCUGUGAUCUUUUGAGUGAGGAAGACCAAAAGAUUUUCAAGUAUUUGGAUUCUCUGGAGGUGGAAGAUUUUAAAGAUGUGAAGUCAGGAUACUCAAUCGCAUUUAAUUUCAACCAGAAUCCCUAUUUUGAAGAUACAAAGCUUACGAAAACCUUUACAUUCUUUGAUGAGGGAACAACUAAGAUAACCGGAACAGCUAUCAAGUGGAAGGAGGGCAUGGGCGCUUCUAAUGGAGUUAAUCAUGACAAGAAAAACAAAAGACCCUUUGCUGAGGAGAGCUUCUUUGCUUGGUUCAGUGAAACUCAACAGAAAGAUAUUAUGGAAGGGCUUCAGGAUGAGGUGGCAGAAAUAAUUAAGGAGGACCUGUGGCCCAAUCCUCUCAAAUAUUUCAACAAUGCUGAUGAAGAGGAAUCUGACGGAGAUGAGGAUGACGAUGAGGAAAGGGGAGAUGAUGAGGACGAGGAGCCAGAUGACGAGGACGAAGCAGGUAAUGAGUAAGACAGCUGAACUCCUUAAACUGCCUUUUUCUUUUCAGUUGCUGUCACAGGUUUUGGUCGGAGAAAUGUGAAGCAAAAUUUCCAGUUAUCAUAGACAUUUUAGUUCAAGGAAAGACAAUUUAAACUCUUUUUUUAUGGUAGCCAUCUUGUAGCUAAAACAGACUGCUGCCAUGGUUAUUUAUCAGUCUUUUGGUUGAGUUGUUUA